UCGUCAACGCAACACUAGUUGAAAUUGAAACGAGUUAAGAUUUUUCGGGAAAUUGUUUUGGUUUUACAUUUCUUGGUGCUAUAUUUUGAAAAUACUUCUCAAGUUUUAUAAAAAUGAUAACUAAGAACCUUGUCUCAAGGGCUUUAUUAAUACGAACACUAAAAAACAUCGGAGAAAAUGCGAAACAAACAAAAAGAAACGCAGGCCAUGGUGUAUGGUCGUAUCGUGUCCCACCGCCGUUGCCAUCAAAAAGAGCGAUAAUCGCGUCGAAUAUCAUGGGAGGAUUGUGUUGGUAUUGGAUAUUAUACCAUUUAGCGACUGAGCCGGAACAUGUCUUUGGUGAAUGGCCAUAUGUAGAUCCUAUUGAAUAUACAGAUGAGGAAUUGGGAAUCCCUCCAGAUUCUGUAGGCCCACUGAAGUAGUUUGUGAAUUGAUUGUAAUGAACACUAAUUUAUUUUAGUCUGAAGUUGUUAAUAUGUAAAAUAAAUAAAUUUUAUGAUUUAA